AUGCCAUAUAUUAAAGAAGGCGGAGAGGUUACACAAAAGAGGACAAAAUGGAGACUAUCCAUUGUUCCUGAAAUGUUUUGGUAUCUUUUGAAUCAAAUUACCUAUUUCUUUCAAACAUUGUUAGGUAAUGAGGUAUCAAGAUCAUCAACUAUUGGAGGAGGUAAAAAGCCACAAAAGCGUAUGGGUGGUUUUGGUCCAUCAAGUGGUGGCCCAUCAGGUGGUGGUGGCGGUCCAUCAGGUGGCGGUGGCGGUGGCGGUGGCGGUGGCGGACGUGGCCCAUCAGGUAGUGGUGGUUCAACAAAUAGAAGAGGGGAUAUGAAGAAUAUUCUUGCCUGUAACGCAGCUAGUGGUUGA